CAGCGUACACUUCCCAGCUCCGCCAUCACAGACCUCCCCGAUGCCAAACCUCGACCCAUCCUCCCCCUCCUUCCUCUCCGACCUCCAAGCGCACUACUUCCCCAACAUCUCGCACGACCCCGCCGCACUCUCCUGGCUACAGCCGCCCUCCGCCGACCCCGAAGACCCCGACGCCACCUCCGCCUACCACCCCGCCAGCAGCGCCGAGGCCAUCCACCCCGCGAACCUGCGUUUCUCUCUCCUCGGCACGGUCCUCUCCCCAGCUACAUCCCUCUCACUCCCAACGACCCUGGGACUCCACCACCACGGCAAGGACCCGCACGCCGCCGGCUACACGAUCCCCGAGCUGGCGAUCCUGAGCCAAUCCACCUUCCCGGCGCAGCGCUGCAUCGCGUGGCAGGUUCUCGGCCGGAUUCUCUUCCGGCUUGGAAAGGGCCAGCUCGGUGAGCGCGGUAGCCCCCUCGUCGAGGGACUGUGGUCCGUUAUUGAAAACGAAGGCGUCGUGGGCGGCAUGCUGGCGGAAGCGGACGGGUCCACGGGCGGAUCGGGAUCUCGUCGAGGCGACAAGGACAAGGACAAGGACAAGGACAAGGACACAAAGGCCGAGGGACAGGAAGAGUCGGGGCCGAGCGGAGGAGGACGUCGACAGCACGCCAGUGCCACGGCGUGGGCUGUCGAGGGCGUCUGGUUAUGGCAGAUGGGCGGCGCAGGGGACCGUGGUGUUCUCAAGGAAAAUACUAUUCGGUCCCAGUGAGGGGGGGAGGGAUGUCGAUUACUUCCUUGCUUGCUUCCACUCUUAUAAAAGACGUGUGUAUUGGUUGGUACCAGCUGGGCAGGGGUUUAUGUUUCUUCGG